GAGACCCUCUGAGGAAUGCCGGUAGUUAUACGCCGGCUCCCUCCUAGUUUUACCAAGGAGCAGCUAGAGGAACAACUCCAUCCACUUCCUGCACAUGAUUAUUUUGAAUUUUGUACCUCUGAUCCAAGCCUUUAUCCUCAUCUCUACUCAAGAGCAUAUAUUAAUUUUAGAAACCCUGAUGACAUCCUUCUUUUUAGAGAUCGCUUUGAUGGUUAUGUCUUCAUUGACAAUAAAGGUCUGGAAUAUCCUGCUGUUGUUGAAUUUGCACCAUUCCAAAAGAUUUCUAAAAAGAAGCUGAAGAAAAAAGAUGCAAAAGCUGGGAGCAUAGAAGAUGAUCCAGAAUACAGGAAAUUUUUAGAAAGCUAUUGUGCUGAAGAAGAAAAAAUAUGUGCCAACCCUGAAACCCUGCUUGGAGAGAUUGAGGCAAAAACAAGGGAGCUCAUUGCUAGAAGAACAACACCACUUUUGGAGUAUAUUAAAAACAGAAAAUUAGAAAAACAGAGAAUACGAGAAGAGAAAAGGGAAGAACGAAGGAGGAGGGAAUCAGAAAAGAAACGCCUAAGAGAAGAUGAGAAACGGAAACGCAGAGAAGAAGAAAGGCGCAAGAGAAAAGAAGCUGAAAAGCAAAAGAAAAUUUCUGAGAAAGAAAUACGGAUAAAGCUUCUUAAAAAGCCUGAGAAAGGAGAUGAGCAAGCCACAGAAAAGCACAGAGAAAAAGAAAAAUCUGACAUAGAAGACAGCAAAUGGGAAAAGUCACCUGGACAUGGAAAUAUAAAAUCUAAGUCACUGGAAGGUUCAUUAAAGGAAAUAAAGGAAAAGCCACAAAAUGAUAGUGAUAAAGAGCAAAGAGAUUCAGAGAGAAGAUUUCGGGAAAAGGAACCUCCUGAGAGACAAAGGUUUCGACUGGAAGAUAGCCGAAAGCACAGAACGCACUAUGAAUUUGACAAGUUUGUGAGAAGGAAUGAAGAUGAGAUGAAGUGGGGAAAAGGAUACAACCAAGAUCGAGGGAAGAAAGUGAACUACAACUACAGCUUCACUGUGGACACAGUAGACAAACUGGGUAAAGAGGACAAGUGUGAUGACAUGGCAUCCAAAAAGGAGCGCAUAAGAAAUAAGGAUCGGCCGGCCAUGCAGCUAUACCAGCCAGGAGUUCGCAUUCGAACACAUACGGGGUCUUCAAGUAGGUCCUAUGACUGUGCUGAAAAGUCUUCUGAAGAGGCUUAUGACAGAAAGUAUGAGGCUGACAAUUCAACUGGAGGUGGUUCUGAGAAGAGUGAAGAUGCAGAAUAAAAAAACAUGGACAUAAAUUUCAGCAUUAAGAUUUAGUGUCCCCAUAAAAAAUGAUAGGUUCUCAGAACUGGGCCAGCAUUAUUUUAUUUUUCUAGCAGUAACUUGGACCACAUGCAAUUUUCCAUAAAAUGAAUGAGGAUGUCAUCACUUUACGGGGUGGGGGAGACCAAGGGGAAGGAUGUAUCAGUUAUAGAGCCACAUAAUAGAUUUAUUGCCAUCUUUGCCGUCUUCUGCUAUGGGUGUGCUCCAUGCAUGUCAGGACAAAAUUCAUGUCAGGACCAUGUAAAGAGAUGCAUCCAAUAUGUUAUGAUAGUAACCACCCUACCAUUAUCCACUAUUGUAAAUUUCAUACAUACUGAUGUGUUAUAUAAUCAAACAGGUCCCUGUGCAUAAUGAAGGGAAUUGUUAUACAGUACGUAGAAUAUAUUUUGGCUUGAAAUGUGGUAAUGGUAUGGAUGACAAAUGAGAAUAUAUGCAGAAUACAGUCGUAGGAAGAGUCUAAUCAUUCUUAGCAUACUUUAAAGUUUACAUUUUGACAAAACAUUUUAGAAUAUAAUACAGGUGUUCUACUCUGCUAAUUUGAGGAAUUUUUCAAAGUGUGGAUUUUCAUCAGUUUUAACUGAGAUAUUUUAAUAUUUUAUAUAAAUUACACAGGCCCCACCCAUAUAAGACCAUGAAAACAAGGCAUUACACAGUAUGUAAGUUUAUUUACAUUAACAGGGAGCAAAAUACCAUAGCUUUGGUCCUGUCAGGAGUUUAGUCCCAACUUGGCAAGUGCAUAUCUUUAUAAUAAACUGGAAUGCUUUGUAUAUUUGCAGUUAAGUUAUGUGUAAAUCAUUAUUGGCUAGAAUCCUACUGGUGCUCAAGUAAGAUUUGUUUAACUUGCCAUGGCUAAUUGCAUCUCAUUGACAAAGUCCUGUGAAGCAUCUCAAUUGUGCAAUUCGGCUUAUGACCAGCCAUGCAAACAAGACAUGACUUGGCACCUCAUCAGUUAGCAACAAUUAGUUGUGUUGAGUUACAUAAAUGGCAUAUGAACACCAACAGGAUUCUGGCUAUGUGAAGCAGAAAUCAACUGCAGGAUUGUGGCUAGUUAAAGGAUGCAUCUGUAGAAGGCUCAUAAUUGACAUGUUUACUUCUAGUUUUAGUACCUUUUUGCAUUUACAUUUUUUCAAGGGCAAACUAGAAGCAGCAGCAUCUAUAAAUUAAAAUGGGGGUUGUACAAAAUUUCUGGGUGGGGGUGAUUUAAAGCACAACAUAUUCAGGUAGAAAGCAAGUGCUUACUCUUCGUUUCUAGCAACUGCUUUUUUCCUAGUCAAGUUACUUCCAGUCUUAAAGCCAAAGAUGGAAAAUCUUAGCAGACAGCAUGAGUGAAUCAAUAUCUGUUUCAGUAAGAACCCACUAACUGUUGACCUUUUUCUGCAAACAUUUCAAUUUUCGCUCAGAGGCCCAUGAGGAGUUUUGGGGCAGGGAAGUGUGGGUACAGAAUUCUUUAUAUGAAUUCAGUAGCUUCCCUGUUCCAACAUAGUUUUGUCACUGUCACAUCUAGUUUGGUCUUUAAUUCGCUAGAUCGACAGGGAAGUGUCAUUAUGCUUUGUUAGUUUCUGAACUGCUUCUCCAUUUUAAAGAGUUUCCUAUGUUUAAGCAAGAAAAAAAGAGGCUGAACUGAGCCUAAAUAUUUAGUGUUGUGUGUUUUUCAUGAAAUGGCAUUUUAAAUGUUUUGCCACUUUUUAAUAUGUGAUUUUAGCAACAGUGUUUUGUAUGCUAAUAUUUCAUAAUGUAUGUUUUUAUGUUUCAUCAGUGAAAAAAUGUUGAUAUAGAAAUAAGCUACAGAAUAGGAUGCAUUUGAGGGAGAUGAUCUGUGGCACCUCCCUUGGUACACUGUGUUACGCCAAUAUGCGUGUGAUGUGUGUGUUUGUUUCUAGGAUCUUUAGAAAGCAUCUUCACAUGCCUUGAGGGCAGAGCAUCAUUCUGACAAUGCUGACAUGUUUUCUGUUUACACAGAACACAAAUGUUAUUUUACUACUUUUUGUACAUCAUGUCUUAACUUUUUAUUAAUAACUGUACUAUCAGCAUUUGAUUGUUCUACUGCAAAUAAAAAUGAUCUUCUAAAACUUCAGCCACUGGAACAUUAAAC